AAACACAGUCGAAAGACACCAGACUGAGUUAGCCAGGUUGCACUGUUAGCAUUAGCUACCAUAUUUAAAAGUGACAGGACUUUCCAGUUUGCCGAAGAAACAGCAACAUGGCUGUGUCACCAGCAGUCACAGCACUGUGUGAGAAUCCAAACGAAGUCUUCUUAGACGUCGCAAAGUUGCUCCUUACGUACGCGGACAAUAUUUUAAGGUAUCCCAAUGAGGAGAAGUACAGAUCAAUUCGUAUUGGCAAUCCCACUUUCUCUACCAAAGUGUUGCCCAUCAAAGGUGCUGUGGAAUGUCUCUUUGAAAUGGGAUUUGAGGAGGCUGAGACUCACUUAGUCUUUCCCAAAUCUGCAUCUGUGGAACAGCUGAAGUUCAUCAGGGAAUCUAUUGCAGAGGAGAGGGAUCAGAGGCUGCGUGGAGGAUGUCCUAUCCAACCUGCUACUCAGGCUGCUUCAGCUUCAGCUUCAACUUCAGCUCCAGACAGAGCUGCUGCUACCUCCAGCCAGCCAGUAGUACCACCUCCACAGCAGCCAUCUUCCCUGGAGAGCAGUAUGAGCUUUUUUGUGACUCUACAGUCUAACUUCCAACACGUUAUGCUGUAUGAAAACCCUGAGUUGCAGCUGAAAGCCAGGAGCGCCAUCCCUCACCAAGAGCUAUCUUCUGCUGCUCAAAAAAAGCUCAAGGAGGCUAAAGAAGCUGACCCAGAGUGUAAACUUGGAAUAGAAGAUUUCCUGGUGCUGGAGUUGCUCAGGUGGUUCAAACAGGACUUUUUCUCCUGGGUGGACUGCUUGCCUUGCAGCCGCUGUGGAGGUCCGACCCAACAUGGCAGCUCCCUCAGUCCGAGCACUGAUGAUCUCCGCUGGGGAGCUCAGCGAGUGGAGAACCAUUACUGUCAGAGCUGCCGAAUCUCCACCCGAUUCCCCAGGUACAACAAUCCUGAGAAGUUGCUGGAAACCAGAAGAGGGCGCUGUGGGGAGUGGGCCAACUGUUUUACCCUGUGCUGCAGAGCUCUUGGACUUGAGGCCAGGUACAUCUGGGACAGCACAGACCAUGUGUGGACAGAGAUUUACUCAGCUGCCCAGCGUCGUUGGCUGCACUGUGACUCCUGUGAGAAUGUCUGUGAUAAACCGCUGUUGUAUGAAAUCGGCUGGGGAAAGAAGCUGGCCUACGUUUUGGCUUUCUCUAAGGACCAGGUGGUUGAUGUGACGUGGAGGUAUUCCUGCAAACAUCCAGAGGUUUUGUCAAGAAGGACCAGGGUACAGGAAGCCUGGCUCCUGCACACCAUUAAUGGACUCUGUGCCUCGAGGCAGCAGUCCCUGAGUCCAGACAGGAAGAAGGAGCUGACAGAGAGGCUCCUGGUAGAGCUGGUAGAGUUCAUUUCCCCAAAGAAACCAAAACCAGGAGAACUGGGGGGUCGCAACUCUGGCUCUCUGGCCUGGAGGGUAGCACGGGGAGAGACUGGUGGAGCUGACACUGGGACCUCCACACAGGAUGCAGGUUUCGUGUUUACUCCUACUGAGAACGAAAAGAGUGACAAGAUACUACAUGUACGCUACAAUAUCACCAAAGAUCAGUACUGCCGAGUAUCCAACAACUGUGAAAAGAUCCAGAACUGGGAUCAGUGCGUGUGGAGGAAAGAGUCAGUUUUCAAAAAAGUGGAACAUGACUGGAAUAUGGUGUACAUAGCCCGAACAGAAGAGUCUUCUAUGGGAAGAAUCAGCUGGAAGUUUGACUUUGCUUCAGCAGGAUUGAAGAUAAAGCAGGCCUCUAUCAUAGCCAGUAGCCAGACUUUCCACUCUGGGAAAGUGUGUUGGCGCUUACAUUCAAGCCAGACUACUACAGAAUUCUCUGGAGAUGGGAAGAUGCAGUCGUUCUCUAGUCUGUGCGGUUCUUCAGAGUUCAUCGUUUCUGCAGAACUCAGCGGGGGAGAAGGGGACCAGUCAUGGCAGCAUUCUCAGUUGUUCAGACAGAGCUUGAAGGAGGAAGAGGAGACAUCAUUUGAAAUCAUCAUCCACCUACAAGAUGCUUAACACCUGUUUUUACCUAUAAAAAAAAAUAAGGGACCUCUACUUUUACAGUUUUUUUUUUAAAUUAUUGUUCUGACAAAUUUGAAGCUAACUGUUGGGGUGAUAGUUUGGGCUCUACAAUUGACCUGUGUUGAUAAAUCAGUGCAAUAUUUAAACGUGUAAAUCCUCCAGGGUGAUUAAACAUGCAUGGCCUAAUGAUAGAUGAAUAAAAAAAAUAUGAAAUUUGUAUCUGUAACAAACUUAAUUUGACCUAAGGGCCAAUUAACCUAUGAGACACGGACAGUUAACAAAGUUGUAGUUUGUUGGUAAAAUUUGCCUCUACUGUGAAUGUGUCUGUACUUUGUGAUGCAUGGGGACAUUCUACAUAGCAAACCACGGUUGAUGUUAUCAACUCAGUUUGCUCCAGAUCUCGUUUUAGUAAUAAACUCUUUUUUUUGUUGUU